CACACCCUCCCGAGACACCCCGUCCCUUUCCCUUUAUUCCCCUGGUCCACCCUCGAUUCUCAUCGCCGCCUGCUCCUGCCUCUCCUCUUUUGUGCUGUCUGUCUCUCUUACCUGCCUGCAGUGGUCAGCUAUUCGCAAGCCGUCAACUCCUCUCCUUUAACCCUUCACUCGCGGCGACGACGAACAAACGAAGCGAUUCAGCUUGUUUCUACGACGAAAGAGUAUUCGACGAUACUCACGACGAUUGAAAAAACAAACGAUUCUGGCUACCUUAGUCAUCAGCUAGUCAGAGCAAGCGACACUUCCCACGGCAACAGUCCGUCUGUCAUUCUGAGGACCCAAAGGAUUCAUUUGGACAACGCGUGUACCGUGGCAAUUAGGCCUACCAUCACGCACCUCUCGUUUCUGACGACGACAAUUUACGAUCAAUAUUACGACGACAUAUCUCACUCCGAGGUUUCUUGGGCCUCGUAAAUAGCAACAAUUGAGCCAUCAACUACCUAGCCCGGCCACGUAUCUGGGCAACGACAUAUACUGAAACACCUAUCCUCAACAUCUUCAUCGACGAACUAUCCACUUACAAAAUCACAUAUUAGCAACUAUGGCGGGCCAACGUACGCCUGCGGGCGAGUAUGGCGAGGAAUGGGCCCGAGACCUUCGGGUCCAAUUCGAAGGCUUGUUGCGUGACAAGCGUAUGAAUGAUCUCCGUGCCUCAUCGCGACAAGGCUCUCCGAGCUUGGGAGAGCAGUCUCCCCGUAUGCGAAGCUCCCCGUUCCCCAGCGAUAGCCGACCCUCGACAUCCCAAGGACCUGGUCUUCCCUCUUACUCCGCCCUGCGACAUCUCCCCAAGAUCCCUACACCUCCCGCCGCGGGUGAUCGCGAUUCUCAAAAAUUCAGAAACCUCCUCAUCAGCUUAUCGUUAACACCAACCAAAUAUGAGAACCCCGGUCUGUUGGACGAGGCAUUGCAAACCAUCCCAUUAGAUCGUAUCUAUGGCGAGGCCGAGGAAGAGACUCAGGUCUUACAAGCUCAGGCUGAGAGUAUGGGUGAUGGACGACGACCCGAAUGGGGUUACCAAGACUGUGUCAUCCGGGCAUUAUUACGGUACGUCAUUUUCCAUCCGAUCUCGUUUGGAUGGAUUGACUAACACAGUUGAUAGAUGGUUUAAGCGAUCGUUCUUUAGCUGGGUCAAUAACCCACCCUGCCCCGUCUGCUUAUCUCCCACCAUCGCCCGAGGCAUGACUGCUCCUUCACCUGAAGAGAGUGCUUGCGGCGCCCUCCGUGUCGAACUGUAUCAAUGCUCUGCUCAACAUUGCGGUGCUUUCGAGCGCUUCCCUCGUUACGGUGAUGUCUGGCGGUUAUUACAAACCCGACGAGGACGUGUUGGCGAAUGGGCCAACUGCUUUAGCAUGCUUUGCCGAGCCGUUGGAGGCCGUGUUCGCUGGGUCUGGAACGCCGAGGACCAUGUUUGGACUGAGGUGUAUUCAGACCACCAAAAGCGAUGGGUUCAUGUGGAUGCUUGUGAGGAAGCAUGGGAUAACCCUCGCCUCUAUGCUGAGGGUUGGGGCAAGAAGAUGUCCUACUGCAUUGCAUUCUCCAUUGAUGGCGCUACUGAUGUCACUCGACGAUACGUGCGCAAGAACCAGCAUGCUGCUGAGCGUAACCGAUGCCCUGAAGAGGUUCUUCUCUAUGUUAUGCAAGAGAUUAAGAACAUGCGCCGAUCCAACAUGAACAAGGACGAGCGAUUCCGAUUGGAGAAGGAAGACAGCCGGGAAGACAACGAACUCCGAGGCUACGUUGUGGCCUCAAUUGCACAGGCCGUAACUGACUUGGUUCCUGGAUCCCCUGGCGGAUCAAACCACACUGGCGCAAGCGGAAGCGAUACCAAGUUGCCUGCUGAGCAACCUGGUCGACAAACUGGCUCUACAGAAUGGUUGACUGCCCAGCAGCAACAAUCUGGUCGAUAUCAACAGCCUCGCGAUCCCAGCCACCGACGCCCAUUGCCUUGAAAGCCGCGCGCAUGCAUCUUGCGACACUUUCCUAGGCAUCGCGUCGGAGCUGCGUGAACGUUGACGCUUCUUGAUGACAAUCAUAGCCAUAUCAUAUCACCACCCGGGCUAAACACAAUAAUACCCGCGCCCGUGGUUUAGUACGAUGAACAACCGAUACCUCGAUGACAGUACCACGGCCCUCAACCAUACGACCUCCAUGAUACUAUCACUUCGAUGACCUUACGGCCACACACAAUUAUUCCCUUCAUGUCUAAUACUAUACACCUUUGACAGCCAUAGCAUAGACUCGGCGUUGAACCAUUUCAAAGCGGCUGCCGUCUUUGCGGCACAGCCUGUACCUACUACAUCAACCUGCCUUUCGAUUUCUUUUGUUAUUUUUCUAUGUAUAGGGGGCGUAUUACGGCGGGGCAUCUAUGUUCCCUCAGGAGAGCAGGGGCGGGUUUAGUCCCUUGUUUCGGGGCGUUUGGCUAUGUUUCUUUUUGGGCUAUCAUGAGCGGUAUGAAGCCAGUCAAAAGAGAUGGAUCAGUGGAUGAAGAAGAUAGGAUAAAUCAAUGCCAAAGAGCAGUUCUUUUCUAAGUUGAUGUCUGUUGAAUUGUGAAGUUUGUAAAUUGCAUGCCAAUGCACAGUGACUGAAGUUGUAUGCAAUAGCCCCAUCGAAGGAACCACC